UAUCUCACACAACUGUACAAACUGACAGUAAAUAACAAUAAUAAUAAUUAUUAAACAUUAGUGAACAGUACAAAAAAGGAGAGACUCACAAUCGUGACAACCGAUAAGAGUAUGGUUGUGUACCGUUUUACAAUAAGCAGUACUGUAAAAACGUCAUUCAAAGAUUCAGAGCAAUAUUCUAAACUAUUAUCAAGGGUCAUAAAGUUGCCAAAUUAAUCUAAAUGGUCCGGUUUCUCCAAGUGAUUUCAGAUUGCAAGUGAGCAAUGUGAUAAAAAGUAGGCACAUGUGAUACAAAGAGGAAAAGAUAUUCCUUAUUCGAAGAAAAAAGUUCAUUUGUUCUGAACUUUCUGGUUUUGGUCGAUAAACUUAAAAGAAGAGAUUACGAAGACAGAUAUUUUGCCUAUAUAAGUUCUCAAAAACUAGCAUUAUUUCCAUUCGUAUCGUUGCUAUCAUCUCGGAAUAAGCAACAUAAUAACGAAGAACAUCAUUGGCUCCUGACAAAGUAGCAUAAUCAAGAAAAGAAGUAUAAGUAGUCAAUCAACAUCUUAAUCAAUCUACAAGCAACACUAUCAUCAAGCAGACUUUCAACUUUUGGGGUAUCGUUCUACUAACAACAUCAUUCCACAAGAGUACAUCUAAUCCAGCAUCAUGCUGUUGUUAUUCAUGAUACAUCUUGUUGAUGUUUUAUUCGUCUUUGGAAGUCCAUUAAAAAAUGAAUAUGCAGACAACGGUUGUUCCCCGUCCAUAAGAUAUAAAGACGACAAUCCUAAUGGACUACAACCAUUGGUUCUAACACGAGAUGCUACUGUAUCGAAAAUACUUUAUCCUCAAAAAAAUAGAAUGUUAAAAGUGCAAACAGGUCAAUCAAUUUAUUUGGAAUGUCCUGGUGACAAAAAUUUUGUUAGACCAAAUACAAAUCUCAAGGAAGUUAAAGCUACUUGCGUAGGGAAUAAUAUGUUUAACGUUAAUGGUGAAAAUAAAAAUUUCUCUGCUAUAACGUGUAGUUAUGUACCAGAGGACAUAGCAAGGCGUACAAAUUCAUGGUGUUACGACAACAAAAGUACUUACGUUGAAAUUGGUUUCAACUUGACUACCAAUUUUCUUCCUUUAAUUAAACUAUGUUACAAUGAAGAAACCUACAUUACUUACUAUGCGAAAUUUAGGAUGACGAAAUGGAUCGGUGAAACGCAAAAAUGUUGUACGAGAAGGCAAUUUGUGAAAGGAGAUUUUUUUGGAAACAUAAAUAUAAACAACCAAUACCAAAUCACAACUCAACGUGACACACUCACGAUACUAUUGAAUUCAAGAGAAUGGGUUGAGUCCAAUAUAAAUACAUCACAGUGUCUGACACGUGGACAUUUGGUGGCAAUGAAUUAUUUCGUUUACAAUUCAAUGCAAUUGUCGACUUUUUGGUUUAUAAAUACUGCACCUCAAUGGUCUUCUUUCAAUUCUGGCAACUGGAACAUACUCGAAAAUAAUGUCAGAGCUUUAGCAUCUAAUCGUUCUUUAGAUCUCGAUGUUUAUAUUGGUGUACACGGUCAAAUGACUUUGCCGAAUUUUAAUAAGACAGAGACACCUAUAUAUCUCUACGUCAAUGGCACAACCAAAGCACUUCCCGUUCCCAAGUUCUUUUGGAAAAUAAUCUACGAUCCACAAAGUAAGAAGGGUACUGCAUUCGUUGGUUUGAAUCAUCCCUUUAUCAAGUCGAUCACAAAAGAUAUUUACAUAUGCAACGAUAUCAGUUCGACGAUCAAUUGGCUCACCUGGGAACCUAGGAAUAUCAGAAAAGGUAUCUCUUAUGCGUGUACCGUCGAAGAUCUACGUAGAGCAGUACCAACUAUUCCUAAAUUGACAACGUCCGGUGUUUUAACCUAAGAAUCGAUACGAAUAAUUUCAAAAUAUAUGAAACAUUAAAGAGGUAAUAUCUACUCUAUUAGAGUUACGUUCGAUUAUUUCCUUUGAUCUUUGACACGUGCCGACUACUUCCUAUGUUAACAUGCUAACGUCUUACAAAUCUAAUUCCCCUCCAAUGUUAUUAU